CCGAAGUAGCCGCACGUCGACGUGUGUUACCAAUGACAGUCGCCUGUGUUAGCUAAAGUCAUGGCGCUGCUAAAGCAAAGCUGUUGUUUAGCGGGACGUUUGUCUUCAUCCCAUCUAUGGCUGAGUCCCAGGAGCAGUCCACAUGUUUACACCAGCAGCCUGUCUACUGUGGCCAAAUCCUCCCCGAGUCGGACAGACAGGAAGAAGGAGCUCCUAAAUGAUGAUGGGCCUGAUCUACAGGACUUCAUAUCUGGGGAACUGUCAGAGAAAAACAAGUGGGAAGAGUACAAAGGCAACCUGAAAAGACAGAAGGGAGAGAGGCUUCGCCUCCCUCCAUGGCUUAAGACUGAGAUCCCCAUUGGAAAGAACUUCAACCGGUUGAAGAACACACUGAGAGACCUCAACCUGCACACAGUAUGUGAGGAGGCCAGGUGUCCUAACAUUGGGGAAUGCUGGGGAGGAGGAGAGUACGCUACGGCCACGGCCACCAUCAUGCUGAUGGGGGACACAUGUACACGUGGCUGCAGAUUCUGUUCAAUAAAGACGGCCCGUCGUCCGCCACCUCUGGAUCCCGAUGAGCCCUACAACACAGCCAAGGCCAUCGCUGCCUGGGGUCUGGACUAUGUAGUUCUCACAUCGGUCGACAGAGAUGAUAUCGCUGAUGGAGGGGCAGAGCAUUUUGCCAAGACAGUCUCCAAUCUGAAGGAAAGGAACUCUCAGAUCCUGGUGGAGUGUCUGACGCCUGAUUUCCGUGGUGACCUGACUUCAGUAGAGAAGAUCGCCUUGUCGGGGCUGGAUGUUUAUGCCCACAAUGUGGAGACAGUCCGUGAGCUGCAAAGGUAUGUGCGUGACCCCAGAGCGAACUUUGACCAGUCUCUGAGUGUUUUAAAGCACGCUAAAAAGGUCAAACCCACUGUGCUCACAAAGACGUCCAUCAUGUUAGGACUUGGGGAGACUGACCAACAGAUACUCAACACUCUGACUGAGUUGCGAGAGGCAGAUGUGGACUGUCUAACUCUGGGCCAGUACAUGCAACCAACUAAACGCCACCUGAAGGUGGAUGAAUAUGUCACUCCAGAGAAGUUCGCCCACUGGGAGAAAGUUGGGAAUGAAAUGGGUUUUGUCUACACUGCCAGUGGGCCACUGGUGAGAUCCUCGUACAAAGCAGGGGAGUUCUUUCUGAAGAAUCUGCUGAAGAAGAAAAAAGCUGAAGCCACUAUGACAGAAUGAAAACCACCAAACUCAGACUUACAUUUCGUCUUUUUCCUUCUCUACCAAGAAAAUCUGCUUUCACUCACACAUCAGCAAUAUAAUGCACUAUAGCAAUAGCAAAGAUACAUCAGAGAAGAAAUAAAAGAAAUGUUGUUUACACAAGAGCACAGAGUGGACAUUAACAUAGUGGAAGGACAGGACAGUCUUCCUUUGAAUGUAGAAGCUCUCUGAUGUUCACCUGUGAUCACUCAGGACUUCAGUGAGAGAUGUUCAAAGACAACAAUGAACACUGUUCAUAUGACACAGUUGGAGAAAAGUAAGUGCUGUCUGCCAGACCUGCACCUCAGGGGCCCCUAAAUGACACCUGUCAACACCCUCCCCUCAGGGGCCUGGACGUCCAGACCUGCUGACCUUUAGCUGCGACUUCUGUUUGUAACGCUUUGAUGUCUCAGUGAUUUAAUGAAGUUUUGAGGAGGGUGAAAUUAUAUUAAAUAAAUCAAUAAAAUGUAUUUGUAUUUAACAAAUAAAGACCAACCAGUCACAUCUGUCAACUAA